CUUAAUCUUUAUUUAAUUUUUUCCGUACUCAUGAUCGCAAUCGCAUAUUACUCGAGCAAUACUCUUUCCAUUCGUAACUCAAUGGAAGGUCGUUAAAUUAGUGCCAUUCUUUACGUCCCUUCAAUAGUGCAUAGCAGAAAACGGAGCAAUAUUUAUUCGUUUAAUAAAUUUUCUUUCUGUACGCACGUGUUACUCGUGACCUAGAGUACAUAUUUUAUAAAAGACCGAUAGAAAGUGAAGAUGUUCGAGGAUGCUAAUUUAGCCGACUUUUUCCGUGGUGGAUUACCAUACUACCUGCUAAUUGCAUUACCGAUUUUGAUAAUUUGUUCCUCGAAUCCGGUAUUGGCUGCAAGUGAAUUUGGUGUGCAGCGCAUGUCUCAGUACGAUGUCCAUAGUGCUCCUUACGGUUGUCGCACAUCAGCGUUGAAUAUGGAGGCCAAAUCGUUGUACACUUGGCAAACCUUCCGGCACUGUGUAAUUACCCGGUUUCAGGACAUGACAAUUGAUCAGUUCCGCGAGAUUAGGGCCAAAGCUGGUGGUUUGGUGAUUCUGCUGCCGGAGGAUGUCACGUCGCUCAGUUUGGAGGAGAAACAGCACAUCCACCUGCUGGAACAGGCAAUGAUGGUGCAGGAAAUUUCGAUUCCGGUUUACUUUGCCCGCUACAAUCCGAAGUUGAACGAGAUUAUAAAUGAUGUAACCAAAACUAGCAUUUCCGCCCAGCAACAGCAUCAUCAACAACAGUCUUCCAAACAGCGAGAGUCGGCUAUCAGCGAAAUUUUGGGAUCGAUUUCCGCUAAUGGAUACCAAAUAGCCGUAACCGGUGCCGGGCACAGCCCGAACAAACAGACCAAGAUUCCGAUCAUUCAGGGUGAGCUGACACCCACUAAGCAUGCUGCUAAGUCGUUGGAUAGCGAGAGUAAACUUCCAUUGAUCCUUUUGACGGCCCAUGUUGACACGUUUGGGUUGAUUCAUGGAUCGUUGAAGAAUGCCGAUGUGGCAGUGCUACUCACCCUGGUUGAACUGUUCAGUAAACUGCACGCUAGUAUUCCAAAGUACAGACUAAUGUUUUUGGUGUCGGAGUCUGGAAGUUUACUGAACUUCCAGGGCAUGAAAAAGUGGCUCGAAAGCAAUCUUGAAGAAAAUUCACUGGUGCAAAACGCUGAGUUUGUAAUAUGCUUGGAUUCGAUUGGCAGGGUGCUGUCGAAUGAUAAUAUCUUUAUGCACGUCUCAAAGCCACCGAAAGAAGGAACAUCGAUGAAUGGCUUCUACCGAACGCUGAAAGCCGUUGCCCAACGAAAUGGAAAUGUGACCGUGGAAGGGGUACAUAAGAAAAUUAACCUGGCUGAUACUCUGCUGGCGUGGGAGCAUGAACGUUUCAGUAUGAAGCGAAUGCCGGCGUUUACUUUAUCCAGUUUGAAGUCGCACAAAGAUCCUGUGCGCAAUACGAUUUUUGAAGAUGACGACGAGGAGGACCAGCUGGAUCGGUUAGAGACAAAUGUAAAGAUUUUGGCCGAAACACUUGCCAGCUACAUAUAUAAUCUCCCGGCGGAGAAUGCCGGCGAAAUAUUCUCCGGAUCGAUGGCAAUCUCGAAAGAUAACAUCAGACCAUGGUUGAAUGUACGCUCGAGCCAGCAGAACAAUGAUCUCAAGUAUGCCUUCGAAAAGUACCUCAAAAAUGUGAAAGUUACAUUCGAAAAACCUGAUGCCCGAGAGCCAGAUUUUAUGCUCUAUGACGAUCGGGACGCCGUGCUAAACAUUUACAAUGUUAAGCCAGCCGUUUUCGAUCUGUUCCUUACCUUUAUGAUUGUGGCUUAUCUGGCCGUGAUCUAUUUGGCUAUCUUCCAUUUCCCGAAAUUGUACACUUUCGUUUGUCGUAUGACGGUUACCAAAACAAAGGUAAAUUAGUGACUGACAAUAAAAAAAAGUGUAAUAGCUUAGCGUAAAGUUGGUAAGAAUCAUACCAGAUUAUGGAUCACAAGAUCGUCACUGUCGUAUUAUAUAAAUUCACAUAUGGCAGCAGCAGUUGCGCUGUUUCGUUUCCAUACCAGUUAUAAUUUAUUUCUACAAAUAAGACAUGGCUUUAUUUUCCUUGAUUUUACUGAAUUUGCUAAAAACGGUUGCUGGUGUGUAUUUAGUCUGCUAGGAAAUCAAAGAGUGGCAUAAAAUUCAUUAACGCGCAGGACUCAUUUAAAUUAGAUAGGUUUUUGUUGGUUUUUCAACCUAGUCCUCAGUUCGAGCCUGUUCGAAUCAAAUGUAAUAAAAAAUAUAUG